AUUACAUAAAUUUUUCUGCAACCUACCACCCUAUUAUUCACUCCAUCAUUUAGAACUCCAAUUACUCACUAAUGUUUUUUGAAAUUUCUUUUGAUUUUGAUUUUGAUUUUUGAAAGAGGUAGCGGCAAUUCUUAGAGAGAGAAAAUAAAGGAGAGAGAAAUAAUCGUUGAAGCAGAAGAAGAUAAACUAACAAGCUAUGCUAUCUCUAUUCUCACACAACUGUAACUUAUAACGAAUCUUCUCAUGAAAAUCAAUCAAUUCAAUCUAUUAACCUAAACUCAUUCCCUCUCUCUUCACCAGAACAUGAUGUUGUCGAGAAUGGAAAGUGGUAAGAAGAGUAGUGGGGUUUCUGGUAGUCAAAAGAAAUUGUUGAAGGAUGUUGAAACUAUGAAUAAAGCUAUGUACUUGGAUAGAAGUGCUUCGAGGAAUUCGGUGUCUGGUUCGAAUUCGAGGUCUAAAACAGCUGGAAAAUCGUUGUUUCCUGAUCCGAAACCGAAGGGUAAAGGGAGUAAUAGUAAUGAUGAUAAUGAUGGUUUGCAGAAGGAUAAGAGGUCUAUAUGGAAUUGGAGGCCGUUGAAGGCGCUUUCGCAUAUCCGAAAUAAGAGGUUUAAUUGUAGUUUUUAUCUUCAUGUACAUUUGAUUGAAGGGUUGCCGUCUACUUUUGAUGGUUUGAGUUUUUCGGUGUAUUGGAAGAGGAGGGACGGGGUUUUGGUGACACGUCCGGCUAAAGUGGUUCAGUGUGUGGCUGAAUUUGAUGAGAAGUUGACUUAUACUUGCUCAGUUUAUGGAAGUAGGAGUGGACCUCACCAUUCUGCAAAAUAUGAAGCUAAGCACUUUUUGCUUUACGCUUCGCUUCUCAGUGCGCCGGAGCUUGAUUUGGGGAAACAUCGAGUUGAUCUUACGAGGUUGCUUCCUCUCACUUUGGAGGAGCUUGAGGAGGAGAAGAGCUCGGGGAAGUGGACUACGAGUUUCAGGUUAUCGGGAAAGGCCAAGGGUGCCGUGAUGAAUGUCAGUUUUGGGUAUACGGUUGUUGGUGAUAACACCAGCGCGACAAAAGAUGGCCAUAAUGCUCCUAAUGUGUUGACUUCAAGGCAGAAUAGUCUUGCGUUGACGAAGCCAGAUGUUAAACAAAGACAGUUUGAUGGAAGCAGCAGCAUGAGGCGGGCCGGAAGUUUACAAAACUAUAGCAGUCGGUACUCGUCUCAAGCUGUGGAAGAGGUAAAGGAUCUUCACGAGGUGUUGCCAUCGUCUAAGUCUGCACUAGCCAGCUCAAUAGGCAUCUUAUAUAAGAAAUUCGAUGAAGAAAAGGCGUGCAGUUCUCUGGACAAUGAACCUGAUCCUGAUUUGUCAAAAGAAAAUCUCGAGCCAAUCAAACCAGAUGGAUAUACUUUCUCUGAUAUCAGAAAUGAAAUGCCUGAAGUGCAUGCAGUUAACGAUGGAAAUACAUGUCCAAUGCUUGAAGAAAAGGCGUGCAGCUCUCUGGACAAUGAACCUGAUCCUGAUUUGUCAAAAGAAAAUCUCGAGCCAAUCAAACCAGAUGGAUAUACUUCCUCUGAUAUAAGAAAAGAAACGCCUGAAGUGCAUGCAGUUAACGAUGGAAAUACAUGUCCAGUGCUUGACACACCUGAACUUGAUGCAUUUCAUGAAAACCUGGAGACAGAUAAGCCAGAUGGGUGUCUUUUACUUGAUUCUGGAAAAGAAAACCUUGACUGUCAAGAUAAUGAAUUUUUUGUUGUUGAUAAGGGUAUAGAAAUGUCAUCAAUUGAACCUGUUAAAGUAGAGGAGUCUUUCACAAAGGCUUCUGAAGAUACUUCUACAGUUGAUAGUGCUUUUACCUAUGAUACUGGAGGUUUACAUGUAUCUUCUGAAGAUAGUUUGAUACACGCUUCUCUUGACGAGGCAAAUGAUGGUUGUAAGGAUCAGUCAGUGGUAGAUGAAUCUGCUUGCGAAGAGGAUGACUUAUUCACAAAUGAACUACUGCAAGAAUUAGAAUCAGCUAUAAAUAGUGUCUCAGAUUUCGAGACAGCUGCUCUAGAAUCUCCUAAUGUUGCGGAAUUCAAAUCUGAAUAUAAGAUGAGAAAGACACAUAGCUUUGAUGAUGUUACAGAAUCGGUUGCGAAUGAAUUUUUAAGCAUGCUAGACACAGACCGUAGUCCAGCAGGCUCAAAUUCUGACAACGAGCCGGAGUCACCGAGAGAGCUUCUCUUAAGACAGUUUGAGAAGGAAGCCCUAGAUGGGGGCUUUUCUUUAUUUGAUUUUGAUAUGGACUGUGACGAUGAAGCUGAUGAUGGCUAUGAUGCUUCUAAUGGCUCUGAGCAGUGGAAUUUCUCUGAGGGUAUGCAUUCAUCAUCCUUGUUCCAGGACCUUCAGAAGAAACAUCUCGUUGAGUCUCAAGAUGUGAAGGGAAAACAAAGGGCUCAAAUGCUAGAAGAUUUGGAAACAGAAGCCUUAAUGCGUCAAUGGGGUUUGAACGAGAAGGCUUUUCAUCAUUCUCCACCAAAAGAUUAUACCGGUUUCGGAAGUCCAAUUCAAUUACCACCUGAAGAGCUUCCUACGUUGCCUCCUCUUGCGGAGGGGUUGGGCCCUUUUCUUCAGACAAAAGACGGAGGCUAUCUACGAUCUAUGGAUCCCUCAAUUUUCAAGAAUUCCAAAGCUAGUGGGAGUUUAAUCAUGCAGGUUUCCAACCCUGUUGUUGUACCUGCAGAAAUGGGUUCCGGGAUAAUGGAAGUUUUACAGUGUUUGGCUUCAGUUGGAAUUGAAAAACUCUCAAUGCAGGCAAAGGAGUUGAUGCCACUGGAAGAUAUCACGGGGAAGACAAUGCAACAAGUAGCAUGGGAAGCUAUGCCUGCCUUAGAAGGAACAGAAAGGCAAUGUCAUUUGCAGCAUGAUUCAAUAAUAGGUCAAGAUACAACUUUUGUGCAAAAGGACUUGAAAGGAACACCACCGUCUAGACUGAAGUCCGGCAAUUUCAAUUCAAAUUCGGUGGCCAACCAAACAGGCUCCGAGUUUGUUUCAAUUGAAGAUCUUGCACCGUUGGCUAUGAACAAAAUUGAAGCACUUUCAAUGGAGGGAUUGAGAAUACAAUCUGGGAUGUCGGAGGAGGAUGCACCAUCUAACAUUGUUGCACAAUCCAUUGGGGAAAUGUCAGCUCUCCAAGGCAAAGGCAUUGAUAUUGACGGAUCGCUCGGCAUGGAAGGAGCUGCUGGUUUGCAGUUGAUGGAUGUAAAAGACAGCGGUGAUGUUGGUGUUGACGGGAUAAUGAGCCUAUCGUUAACUCUUGAUGAGUGGAUGAAGCUGGAUUCUGGUGACAUUGAUGAUGUCGAUAAUAUCAGUGAGCAUACUUCGAAACUUCUUGCAGCCCAUCAUGCUAACUCUUUCGACUUUAUCCGUGGGAGUUCAAAAGGAGGAGUUAGGAGACGAGGCAAAGGCUCCGGCAGAAAAUGCGGUUUGCUAGGAAACAAUUUCACAGUAGCGUUAAUGGUGCAGCUUCGUGAUCCUCUGAGAAAUUAUGAGCCAGUUGGAACACCAAUGCUUGCUCUUAUACAAGUUGAGAGAGAGUUUGUCUUGCCGAAGCAAAAAAUAUUUUGCAGUGUGUCCGAGUUACGUAACAACAACAAUGAUGAGGACGAUGAGGAGAGCGAAAUAGUAGCAAAGGUGGAGAUGAAGGACACGAAUAAAGAGGAGAAAAUUUCUGAAGCAGAACUCAUUCCUCAGUUCAAGAUUACUGAAGUUCAUGUGGCCGGUCUUACACCUGAGCCUCAGAAAAAGAAGCUUUGGGGUACCUCAACUCAGCAACAAUCUGGUUCGCGCUGGUUGCUUGCUAAUGGAAUGGGAAAGGGCAAUAAUAAGCUUCCAACAAUGAAGUCAAAAGCUGCAUCUAAAUCGAUUGCUCCGGUUACCACAAAGGCGCAACCUGCUGACACUUUGUGGAGCAUUUCUUCACGCUUUUUUGGUUCUGGUAAAAAAGGGAAAGAACCGGAAACACUAAAUCCACAUACAAGAAACCCUAAUGUCGUUAUACCAAAUGACACAAAUAGACGUAGUUGACUGAAUAGUGGAAUUCACAAUUCAGAUUUUUCUUGAAGACAUAUCCUUGUCAUCACAGGCAAUAUAUAUGUGAAGUUUGUUAAUUAAAUUUAGUCAUCUGGGGAGCAUGUGCCAAGAAAUUGAUUUAUUUUGUUAGAGCAUCAAUCAAGUUGGACUGGUCCUUCAAUAAUUGCAAGGUGUGAAACAUGGUUAUGUAGAGAAAACAGCAUAAGCAUAAUUGACUUAUUUAUCUUUUGUAAAGUCACUUGUUACUUUUGCUUUCAUCAGUUUUAUUUGUCAUGUACUUAUGUCAUUUGAAA